UUCGUUCACAACGCCAUCCAUCGGUUGCGGACGGACGAGAGAGAAAACCAUCAGAAUUACCAUCAGUAGCGCAAGCCCUAGAGGCGGCAUUUAACACCAUCAAAAAUGACUACGACUGAAGAAAUCAAGGUCGAAGAGGAAGAACCAGUAAAGAAGGUCAUUGCCAGCAGAGUUUCGGGUACAGUGAAGUGGUUCAACGUGAAAAAUGGCUAUGGCUUCAUCAACAGAGAUGACAAUAAAGAAGACAUCUUUGUCCACCAGACUGCCAUUGCCAAGAACAACCCUAAAAAGUUCCUUAGAAGUGUAGGAGACGGUGAAGUUGUUGAAUUUGAUGUAGUCUCUGGCACCAAGGGUUUGGAAGCUUCUAAUGUUACUGGCCCAGAUGGAAACCCAGUCCAAGGCAGUAAAUAUGCACCUGAACGUCGUAGAAGACCUUACAGUUACUACCGAUAUCGCCGCGGGCGCCGCCCUCGCCCAAGACCAGACAGCGCUACAAAUGGCGAGGUGAAAGAAGAACAGGAAGGGAAAGGGACUGAAUCUGGAGACAAUGCCGACAAACCUCCAAGACGACGGCGAGGACGUCCAUACUGGAUGAGACGCCGCCGRCCUAACAGAAGAGAUGAACUUUCUGGAGGAGAAAGUGGUGAAGGACAAACACAAGAACAAAAUGGCUCACCACAAGAAGACGGAGAGCAAAGACCUCCCCGACGCCGCCGUCCAAGAUACAGAAGACCAAGACGUCGCAGUGAUAAUGAAGAGCGCAGUGACGAUCAACGAGAGGACAGAAAGGAGGGCGUAGAAGGGGAAGAGGGAGACAGACCCCCAYGCCGUCGAAGAUUCAGACGCUACCCACGCCGUAAGCCUCGCCAACAAGAGGGAGAAGAAGAACAGAAGCCCCCAAGCCAGGAGAAGACAGGUCAAACAACAUCAGACGCUGCCCCUGAGAACUAGAAAGAUCUAUGUUAACCUUAAUUAGAAAUUUGCUCCAACUAGAUUGAACCAUGAUCGUGUGAUUCUCCUACCCUUAACUUGUUAACAAUCUUAUUUGUCUUAUCAAAAGUUGAUGUUUUUGUUGUUCUGGAAAUGUAAAAGAAAAUAGGUUUUGGUAAUGGUUUUCUCAGCACUACAAAUAUUAGGUCAUUCCUUACUUUAUUUUCUUAAGUUUUUUUAGUUAAUGUUUUCCCUUUGUAAUUUUUGUAUUUGUUGAUCAUGGUUUGUGUCUAUUGUUUGAGGUUUUGUUAUCAUCUUGUAUGCUUGUUCCAUCUUGUAAAUGUUUAGCUUAAGGAUGCCCCUUUGGGCUACCUUUGGCAAAGUAUGUAUGUGGAAGACUGGACAAUACAUCGUGUCCAUCUGGAUUAAUAAACAACACGAUUGCUUAUAUAU